CACGGACGCUCUGCUGCCUGUGACUUUGAACGUCAGUUGAGAACGGUUGAGAGUCAGCCUCAUGCAGACUGACCAAUGAGGAGAGGGCCUCAAGUUAAGACCCUCUCUCCUCAUUGGUCAGUCCACACGAGGUGGGUCAAAGGUUACGCCGAGCGGGUUACGUGACGUCAGGCGUUGCUAUAACUGAAAAAAAAUUAUCAGACAUGGAGAAGCUAAGUGGCGCGAAACGGAAAUUAAAAAAGGAAAAGGGCAUCAGAAACGCAGAAAACUUAAAGUAUAUACCUAAAAUAGGUAACUUCUUUACUGCUGUUAAGUCAGCUUCCGUCAACGACGAGGACUCAGCUAUCCAGGGCUUUUCUACACCGCCAGCACCAGCUUACGCUUACCGCCCGGAGAGCAAAGAGCCAGCAGCAGCAACUUCAAGCAACAAACCAGAGGCAGCGAGUCUGAUCGCUGAGGAAAGCGGUGAUGGCGGGUCUCUAGUUUCGCCGCCACCGGAGUUGCUUAUCGAGUCUGGGAGCAACCCCUGCAUCUCAACGCCUCUACUCCCACGGGAUCCUGCACUGUGGGGGGCCGUUACAGAGCGGCUACGGGAAGAAGCGAUUUACCGAGGGCCUGCAGCUUUCCAGAACCGGGCCGCCAAGUAUCCUGCAUCGGUAAGGGAGUCCGGACUUGGAAGUAGAACACGCUCCCUCACCAAUGAUUUGCUUCACUGCCGGCUUCCAAACAAUCAAAUUGUGCCAAGAGAAUGGCUUCUUUACUCGCCAUCAACUGGAUCAGUUUAUUGUUAUGCCUGCAAACUUCUGUCAUCCCAGAAGCAUGCAUUCAUCAGCGGAUUCUGUGAUUGGAAACAUCCAGAGAGGGUUAGUGAUCACGAAAAGAGUCCAGAACAUAGACAAAACAUGCUGUCUUUAUUGCACAGAUCUAAAUAUGCAUGCCGAGUGGACGCUUCUCUUGCCCGACAGUGUGAGUCAGAACAGCAGUACUGGAAGGAAGUCCUCAGACGUGUGGGGGCUGUUGUCAAAUUUUUGGGAGCGAGGGGACAACGAACUGCUGGGCUCUGCGCACAAUGGGAACGGUUUGGGACUGAACUCAUAGCAGAGUUUGACCCCUUUUUAAAAGAGCACCUUGAGAAACAUGGCAAUAAGGGUAGAGGUAAGCCAUCUUACUUGUCAUCAACUGUGUGUGAAGAAUUUAUUUCAUUAAUGGGUGAAAAAACUAAGCAAGUGAUUGCAGAGGAACUCAAACGUGCAAAAUAUUUCUCUGUAAUCGUUGAUUCAGCACCAGAUUUAGCACAUGUAGAUCAGCUCACAUUUGUUUUUCGUUUUGUCAGUGCAGAUGGCAGAGUAGUGGAAAGAUUCCUCGGGUUUGAGCCCAUCCACAGCCACACAGGUGUCAGCCUAGCUGAAUCUGUGAUUGAAAUGGUGCGUCAUUUGGGGUUAGACUUGUCAAACUGUGUGGCCAAAGCUACGAUAAUGCUAGCAACAUGGCUGGCAAAUACAGCGGGCUCCAGGCGCAUUUGAAAAAAGAAAACCCGCCAAUUCAUUAUACACCGUGUGCUGCCCAUUCUCGGAACCUCGUAGGUGUUAACUGCGUUGAUAACUGCUGUGAGGAGGUUAAGUCUUUUUUUGAACUGCUGCAGUCUCUGUAUAGAUUUUGUAGUGCAUCAACACAUCGCUGGAAUACAGUUUUCAAUGACAGCGAACAUAACAUUAAAUACACUUUUAAAUCCCUCAGCACCACCCGAUGGAACUGCAGAGCAGACUCCACAAAAGCUCUCAAAGUCAAUUACAGGUCAGUUAGAGAUAUAUUAGCCAACAUAUCUUUAGACUGUGAUGAGAAAACACAAACUAAACUCGAAGCUGCUGCAUUGGUCUCAAAACUUGAUAAACUGGAGACGGUAAUGAUGACUAUGAUGUGGGACCGGGUACUGCAUAGGUUUAAGGCAACAAGUGACCAAAUCUAAAAAAGUGACAUGGAUUUAGCUACUGCUCUUGGCCUUUUGCGCUCACUGCUUUCAUAUGUCUGCAAUCUACGAGAAGAGUUUUCAGAGCUGGAAGAGUCAGCACGCGCAGUCAGUGUGACACAAAACUGCCAGUUCGACACUCAACGUGUGAGAAAAAGAAAGAGAUUUGCAGAUGAGUCUGCUGAUGACAGUGAAGUAGCUUUUAAUGACAGCAGUCAGAAAUUUAAAGUUGAAACAUAUUACGUCAUUAUCGACAGACUUUAUUCAUGCUUAUCCAAACGCAUAGAAGCCUACACACACGUGUGUGUGAACUCUUUGGGGUUUUAUUUGAGAAGGACUGUGAUGAUUGUGAUGUGCGUGGAAGAGCUGCUAAGCUGAGCUCGACUUAUCCAACAGAUCUGGAUAGUUCCUUGUCAGAUGAACUUAUUCAGUUCAAGCACUUUGUACAGCAUGAGACUUCACCUGUACAGCUGCUGCAAGCUCUUGACAGACAUGGACUUAAGACAACAUUUCCGAAUGUUUAUGUUGCACUAAGAUUGUUUUUAACCUUACCUGUGUCUAACUGUGAGGGUGAGAGGUCAUUUUCUGUUUUGAAACGGGUAAAAAAUGAGCUGAGGACCACAAUGUCACAGACUCGGCUCUCUGCACCUUCUCUCUUAGCCAUUGAACAUGAACUUGUUAGUGGCCUUGAUUUUGAAGAUAUUGAACACCAGUUUGCACAGUCAAAAUCCAGAAAAAAGCCAGUAUAAGAUGCCAAAUGAAAGCAAACAUGCACUUCCUGAUUAUUUUGGAUAAAAAUUGUGUUUUGCCAGGUUUUGUAGUAUUUUUAUCUUGUCUUCUACAGAGAAAUUGUGUCACAGAUGCAGCUCUGCACUCACUGUUGUAGCUAUUGGACAUGAACUUGUUGGUGGCUUUGAUUUUGAAGAUGUUAUACACCAGUUUGCACAAAGUCCAGAUGUCUAAAUGUUUGUGUAGCACUAAAAUGUUUAACUGGUUAUUUGUGCUGUGACAUGUUGUUCUAUUUUAAAACAAGUUCAAAUGAGCUUAGGAUCAAAAUGUUAAUGAGCAGAUAAUAGUGAUGCUGCAUUUUGUUUAUUUGUUCCUUGAGGUGCGAGCUUUAUGAAAAUGGUGAAACUUGUUGUGGAAGGAUAACUGGCAGAUUUAAAUCGUUUGUGUUGGACUAAUAACUUGAUUGCCUUGUUGAUUUCUGAGGUGACAGGGUCACCAUGUCAGUGUGAUUUCUGCUUAAAAUGAGCUGAGGACCAUAAUGUUUCUUGAUGUGUUGUCUGUGGUCUUCUGUGGUAGCUCUAUUAGUUCAGUACAUUUCUAUUGGGAAUAAGUGUUGUUAAAUAAAUGAUGGUUUCAAAGUGGUUGCUUAUUUAUUCAUUUUGACCCAAUGUUAUGGGUCAAUUUUACCAGAUUAUACAGAUGCUGAUGUGUUUUGUUUUCAUAGCAUCAUAUGUGAGUGGAUGUCUUUGAUAGGGUUCAUAGCAGUGCAUUUGUAGUUCUAUGAGCAUUUAAAUAUUUGUAAAUCAAAAUACACCUGAUGACAGUUAGAAUUUCGAGUAUUCAGUAUAUUUACUGCAUAUUAAAUGGCCUGUAUUUGAUAUAGCGCCUUCUAGAGUCCUGGAACCCCCCAAGGCGCUUUACAACACAAUCAGUCAUUCACCCAUUCACACACACAUUCACACACUUUUACAGCACUAUUACAGCAAAAUAUUCUGUAUGUGACCAUAUUAUGGUGAUCCUUGGGUCGUGAUGAUGGGGCCCUUGAAUAUUGUUGCCCAGGGUACAACAAAGUCUUAAUCUGGCCCUGCCACACGCUUAUUAGGUUAUUUUGGAGGCCUUUGUUUUUCCAAUUUACUUAAUCAGAAUUUAAAUAACAUCUUUGUUGUAGUGACCUCACCCCUCCACAUGGUGGUGCUGUGGCACAUAAAACAGCAAGGGUUUAAUCACUUCCAUGCAGAGAAAGGGAGACAUGUCAGUAAAACAUCUGCUACAAAACCAUCAGAUACUUUAACAAGAUCUAUAUUUUGUUGAAUAAUGUCACACUAUCUAAACACAGGAUAAGAUGUCCCAACACAUCUGGAACUGAUGAUUUAAUUUGUUCAAAGAGUGACUCGUCUGAAGUUUGCAUGUAGCAUAAGAAUGGUGAAGGAGCACACCUUGGGAGAUGCAAACUGCACCAUCUGGCUACACUUUGAGGACACAUUUAUGAAAAGCUUCAAAUCUGGCACCAGAUGUGCAGACUGACAUUAUUUCAGCUGACAGUUUGAAAAUCCAAGACAACAAGUUUUAUGUGGUUUACAAGGAACGUCCAGCAGCAUCUGUAAGGAAAAUGUGGACCUUUUUUUGACUGUUUUGACAGAAACAGAUGAGUGGUUGGGUAAAUCCUCAGCAGAUUCUCACACAAAUACAGUUUUUAUCAUGGGAUUAAGGUCCCAGUUUCACAUUGAACAUCAGCGCAGGUCUGAGCCUGUGCCUUUGUGUUGAUGCUGAAUGAGCGGAGGUUAAAUUGUUUCUGUCUGCAGCAGAUUUGUUCACAAACAGCUGUAAGAAUUUGAUUCUGAGUGGAAGACGAUAUAUUUUAAUUCAAUUUAAAGUCUUAUUUUACCACAUUAUUCUGAUACACUUUGACUGUAUAACCCUUCAUCACCGAUAGGUGGCGACUGCAACUCAUUUUUAAAUCGUGAUGCUUUUAAAGAUGCUUGGAAAUUCUAGAUCUCUGGGAGUUGAUCUGUUUCAUUUACAAAAGAGGGCACUAGUGCUGAGGGCAGCCGGGUUUGAACCAGCAUCCCUCCGGCUGACAGUCAUCUGCCACAACAAUUUGGCCACAGACACCUGCUUUUGUGGCUCUUCCAUGCAGAAAUUAGCAUUACUGAAAGGCACAGUUCAGUAAAAUGACAAAAAGGAACUUCUGUAAAUGUUUAAACAAUUUGCGCAGAUGAGCCUUUCAUCUGCUGGUAGAGACAAGAAAUGUUACACAUCCUCUUGCCAUAGCCCUCUGAAUACUCGAGUUCCUUUUAAAAUCCUGGUAGAAUCUUGUUUGAAUGACUUCUCAAAAUAAGUCUCCUAAAUAUUUUCUUACUUAAAAUGAGCAUUUGGUGAAUUCUGUCAAAUUCCUUUUCACCCUCCAGUCUGACACAAUAUUAUUCAUGUAGAUGAAAUGUCAAAUCAGCUGGCACACAGUGUGUGUGUGUGCUCGCUUGCAUGUGUGUGUGUGUGUGUGUGUAUGUGUGCUCGCGUGCAUGUGUGUGUGUGUGUGCUCACGUGCAUGUGUGUGUGUGUGUGUGUGUGUGCUCGCGUGCAUGUGUGUGUGUGUGUGUGCUCACGUGCAUGUGUGUGUGUGUGUGUGUGUGUGUGCUCGCGUGCAUGUGUGUGUGUGUGUGUGUGUAUGUGUGCUCGCGUGCAUGUGCGUGUGUGUGUGUGUGUGCUCACGUGCAUGUGUGUGUGUGUGUGUGUGUAUGUGUGCUCGCGUGCAUGUGUGUGUGUGUGUGUGUGUGCGUGCAUGUGUGUGUGUGUGUGCGUGUGUGUGUGUGUGUGCGUGCGUGUGCGUGUGGGGGUCUUGUUCUGUGUGAAAACGAAGCAGUACAAGUGAUAAUGCUGCAGGAUUUCAUAAUUUUACCCUUCUCAGCAGCAGCACUGCAGGUGCGUAAGCCAGGUCCUUAUUCAACCUAAAGCUGUGCACAUUUUUCCGCUAAGUUUUCUUUCAUAAAUCUCAAAGUUUGUGUAGAAAGUUGCUUACGCAGUUUUCCGACCCCGUUUUGUGCGUUAGCAAGCUCGAUAAAUGAGGCCCCUGACCUGUGCUGGAAUGUUUACUGUGUGAAGGUCCCUGAGACGACUCUUUUCGUGAUUUGGCGCUACAGAAAUAAACUGAAUUAAAAGUUCUUGGAAUGUUGGUGGUUAUUAACCUGACAAGCCAUUCUAUGUAUGUGAAUAGUCUAGAUUUCUAGGCUAGAGCGUUAUUCCUUAAUAAUAAUGAAAAUUAGAUCAUCGUGAAAAGGUUAAAUGACAAACUCACGGCCUCACUCUCCCGUCAGCUGAUUAACAAAACAUGUUGUAGAUUUCAAAUUGCAAAUCAGGUCAUUGUCAGGCUGCAGACACUUUCAGUUUUAUCAUCUUUUAGGUUCCUACCAUCAUACAUCAAAGUGCAGCUAUGAUAUUUCCAGGUUUGUACACAAAUGCUUACAAAUAAGAAUCAAAAUACAAAUGUGCUGCUUCCAGAGCAACAGCCGCAUACAAACGGAACAUGCAGACAGACAGUCGUCUCGUCCGAGUUUUGGGGUUCUUCCGGACUUAUCAGCGAGACGGAAAGAGCAGCCAGCCUGGUAAAAGUCCCUGGGCAUACAGAUAACAUAUUGGGGAUGUCAAGAAAACUCUGGAGGCUGAUAAUGGCCUCACUCCUCCAUUUGAAAUGUAGUUAAGCUUAAGGGUUAUUUAUCACUGUGAGGGUCACAUAGGAGCACUUAGUAUUUAUUACAGGACAUGCAAGAUGGAGGAGAGGAAAUAGGGAGAAAGCCACCCUUAUCAUAGUCCUCUAGGUGCUGUGAUGUCUGUAAACAUACAUCAGCUCUGUUUAAAGGCCGGCAUAUCUCCCCUUCAUGUCUCCUCAGAGGGAGAUUAUAAAACAGCGGUUGUGGGCAUUUUUCUGUUGGCUGCUGAGUGUUUUCUUCGUAAUCCAGCAGCACACUAGAAUUAUUUCCCCAAGUCAGAGAGCAAAAUCGGGUGUGAUGCUUCGAGGAGCCAAGGAAAAUCAGGAGUUCCUGAACACAACAUGGGGAGCUUCCUCAUUUUCUUUUUCGUUUUAAACAUUUUUUUCUGUUUUUGUUCUAUGUGUCGGCCUCCUGCAAUAAACACCAGAGUCUUCAGAUGUUGCUAAACUUCAGAGCAAAUGGGCAGAACCAGUUUAUUCAAAGCUGAUCUCAUCAAACCCCGUACAUCCCAGAGAAAUCAAAGCUUUCCUUAUUGCGCUCCCCUCUUCUCAUCCUUUGUCUUGCUAAUACACAUUAGAGUGCGGCUGGCUGCCCUCUUUUGACAGCCGUCAGUAAAUUCUGGGCAAAGCUGCAGAUGUGAAACCUGGAGGCACCUUUGACCCACGACCCCUGCCAUCACAUCCUGUCACGGAAGCUUCUCUGUAGACCGGAUUCUCCCAGUGCAUCACACGUGGACACAAACAUGUGCAAAACGUAAUACUCAUUCCCACUCAAAUAUAACAUCAUGCAUUUAAUCCAUGUCAUCCACAGUCACACUGCUAGCUGCCUUGUUAAAUGCAACAGUCAGCAGUCAGAAACAACACAGUCAGAGGCCAAAACAUCUGAUAUUUGCUGCAGUGUGACAUCAAAAGUGACCUAGAGAAAUAUUUGAUUCAGAGCAUUGCUCUUUUAACAUGCGACUUAUUUAAAAGAUGGUGUGUUAAUAAUUUAGUGCCAUCAGAAAGAUCCAACCUGUCUUAAUCACUGAACAGGAAGACUGUGCACAUAAAACAUAAGAAUAUAUAAUCAAUUAUUGAAAUCUACUUUUAUGCAGACAACAUAUGCUAACAAUUGAUGCACAAAUAUAGUGUUUCUGUCUUUCUAUUAUGCAAAAAACUCAUGCAUCCUCGAAAUAAAUGGCUGUGAGCCUGCAACAGAAACCUUCUAAGACCGCUGGUUAACACGUCUCUGUACUGGUGUGACAAGGUUAGUGCAGAAAACAGUUCCCAUGUAGUUAUAAAACAGGAUCGGACAGAUGAUUGUUGCUCUCAGAGCCGAGCUGAGCCCCUGGAAAUGAGAGAGCAGUGUGAUGGUGCAGGGAUGGGAUGGGCCAGUGCAUGAACAUGGAGCGGUAGUUACGGCUGUUGAUCCGUUUAUGUAGCCUGGAAAACAUCCUAUAUGCAGUUGGUCUGGAUUCCUAGGCCACAGUUUUUAUGCUCCAAAUGUGUUUUUCCACAUUUAAAAUAUGCAGAUAAUUAAAGAGAGCUCAUGAGACUUUGCACAUAGGAGGAUAAUUACAUUCUGAUGAAUGGGCGAUGAUCUAAAAUAAUGAAGGUAAACCAGUUAGAACAGGUUCUCCAUGAAGUUGCAUCUCAGAAUAUGAGAUGUUGAUUUUAAAGCAAUAAUUUAAAUAAUUAAAAGUUGCAUUUAGUCAACAUUAGAUGCUCAUAACAAUGAAAAAGGGGGUGAUAUUUUUCAUUUAACUUUGUCACCACAUUUUGCUGGGAAACAUUUUCCGUAUUUAUAAGAGCUUCUGUCUGGGUUCUCCCUGCCAUUUUUUUAAAUGAAAUUCUAAAGACUUAGUUUUAAACUCUUAUAAAGUUAUCUGUUUCUAAACAUACCGCCCCAUACUGCUGUGGUGUGUGUUUUAGUCUGGAAAGAAACUGCAGAGAUAGCUAGAAAGAUCCAUGCAGUGGAGUCUAACCACUCAUCUGUCAGUGGGCUCACAAAGAGCUCAGAUGGGAUAUCUCCUGGCAGAUCAAAUGAGGGAUGGCAGUCUUGGUUUUAUUGGGAGGGUCAAGUAGCUGUGUUAUUUCAACCUCAAUGACCCUGUGUGAAGGCCCCCGCCGGUCUCCCCACUGGACUUCAGAGUGGAAGGUGGACUAAGACCGUCUCCGCUAAAGGUGUUUGGAGUGGGUGUCUUUGUUUGUCCUCCCAGAAUGAACGUCUCAGCCGAUGGUGACUGAUGGUCAGAGUCCUGGUGGCCACUGACGUAAAAGGAAAGCUAGAAUUACACCUUCAGCAAACACUCCAGAUGCACGCUUUUCACACUGAUGCCAAGUUGCUGUUCUCAUUUAUUUAGGCAGUUCUGAAUUUUUGUUUUUUCUUCAGUAGUGAAAUCAUUGUUUUAGUCAGCAAGUUGGAUGAAGGAUGAAACAACAACAUUUCUUUGUGUCUUGUGUAUCACACUUUUUGUCUCUUCAAAGAAGAUCAGCUGUUGACAUAUGGGAGGACAAGCUGAAGUCUUUUAACUACAUUCUGUGGACUUCCUGAGAGUAAUGAAUUACAGUAAUCCAGUCUUGAUGUAAUAAAUGCAUGAACUACUUUUCAGCAUCACUCCUGGAAAGGAUGCGUCUAAUCUUAGCAAUAUUCCUGAAGUGGAAGAAGGAAAUCCUACAAACCUGUUUAACGUGGCAUUUGAAUGACAUGUCCUGGUCACAGAUAACACCAUAGUUCCUUACUUUUUUCUCGGAGACUAAUUUAAUGCCAUUCAGGUCAGGUGAUUGACUAAGCAAUUUCCUUUUCUGAAUUUUGGGUCCAAAGCUGAGAACUCCAGUCUUGUCUUGAUGUAAAAGCAGAAAGUUUUGAGUCAUCCAAUUUUUAUGUCUUCAAAACAAGCCUGUAAUCUAACUAACCGAGCGAAACAGAGAUGGCAGCAGCUCAUUAAAAAAGACCUUAGCAUCGACUUUUGAUUGUUUAGACGGGCUUUUUUUGACUGAAGAGCAGAUAAUUAUUUAAUGCUUUGAUUCCACUGCCAGGUCUGGUACGGUUCGCAGCACAUUGUUGUUCAGAGCUUGGAUCUCUUUAGAAGUUUUUCUGGGCUCUUUUGCUACCAUUUGGAUUAUGUGUCUCUUUGACUUGUCUUCAGUUUUUCUCCUGCGGCCACAUGCAGGGAGGUUGGCUACAGUCCCAUUCUCUUCUGCUUGUCCAAGGUCAGGCCACAGGUGCAGCAGCCUGAGGAGAGAGGACCAGAAUUCCCUCUUACCAGCCACUUGGGCCAGCAUUUCCUUGGGAUCCCAAGGCGUUCCCUGGCUAGCCAAGAAACAAAAGACAGUUUCACAUUUGGGACAGCGUGGACUGGGCUAGGUGGCAUCAGUCCGGGUCCCGCACUGAUAGGAUUUGUUCACACACACUUCUCAGGAAUGGGGACAUCUCCGAGCCUGGGGGUGGGGCAAAAGACGCAUGGAAAGGUCCAUGGUGUCUCCCUUAAAUGAUGGCCGUUCAGCUCAAGGCACGGCAGUGCUGUUUCUGUGUGUGUGUGUGUGUGUGUGUGUGUGUGUGUGUGUGUGUGUGUGUGUGUGUGUGUGUGUGUGUUUGUGUGCACUCCUCACAGCAGUGAGGAGAGACAGAGCUACCACAGAUUUAGUCAGGGGUGACAUUUACUUCUCAGUAUCCAGAAUGAUGAUGAAUCGCACAUGCAUGAACCUGCCAUUGGUAUAUUCUAUCAAUUGGAGGCUCUCCCUAAUGGUAUGCAUGUAUUAGAGCCGGCCAGUUGGCAGGGAGUGUGUUGGAGCCUUGGUAUGUGGGAUGAAACCCUGACCGGGUGAGCACAGAAAGAUACAAAGCCACCUAGAUGUGAAUAGAUGAAAAGCUACCCAGUCCAGUCUGUGCUGGCCUAGAUGUUAAAGUGCCAUUUGUACCCCCUGGGUGUUCUGGGUCUCCCUUGAGGUCUCUUUCUGGUUGGAUGUGUCUGGAAAACCUCACCAGGCAGCCAGGAGGCAUCCUAACUACACUGUUAAAAAAAAUUCCGUUAUAAAACGGAAAAAGUGCUGGUAAUUAAUUACCAGCACUUUUUCCGUUAUUGUACGAGCACUUCCGUAAACCUUAAAACGGAUAUUUCUGUAGAUUUACCAGCACUUUUUCUGUACCAUUGACGGACAUUUCCGUCAAACCGAAAAUGGAAAAUUCCGUAUUUUCCAUAAAUUUCUGCGUUGUUGCACAGACAAUUCCGUAAACCCUAUAACAGAUAUUUCAGUAGAUUUACCUGACUUUUUCUUUACCAUUUACGGACAGUUCCAUCAAACCUAAAAUGGAAUAUUCCGUAUUAUUUAAGUACUCAAUCCAUACCAUUUACGGACACUUCAGUCAUCCUAAAAUGUUUAAUUCUGUACCAUUCUCUAUACCGUUUACCAUCAAUAAAGCACAAAUGUUGAAUCACAGCAAUUAUUUAUUUCCUUUAAUAGAGCUGAAACAACUAAUCGAUUUAAUCGAUUAUAAUCGAUUAUUAAAAUAGUUAACAACUUUUUUAGUCAUCGAUUAGUUGUUUAAUAAUCAUAUUUUACCGCAUAAAGUCUAUUUUUACCACAAUCUGACAUCGGCUACAAGCUGUUAAAUUUGCCGCCAGUGUGUGGCAGUAAUGAGCCACUGAUCUACCAGUGGAGCCGUAGAAGAAGAAAUGAGCCAAUGAGUGCCCUCGGUUUUCAUGACGUAUCACGUUACUGAUGCUCAUCUUGCUGUGAGAGAUGGCGGAACAAGAAAUACGGAAGAAAAAUAGAAGCGACAAAACUUUAGAGAAACCCCGGACAAAAACCUCACGAGUAUGGGAGCACUUCACUCUAGAUGCCUUUAAAAGGCAAAAUAUGCAAAAACCAUCUAGCAUAGCACGGAAGCACGACGUCCCUAAGUGAACAUUUGAGACGAAAACAUGUGGGGGCUGAUGCAGCGGAGGAAGAGCACCGCGGUCAAGUGAGCCGUCAUUUGGAAGAGCCAGCCCGAAAAAAAACAAGCAACGAUGGACAACUACAUGGGGAACAAGACACUCACCCCCCAGCAAUUCAUACCACUUACAAACUCUAUUCUAAACAUGCUGGUAAAAGACAUGAGGCCACUAUCCAUGGUGGAAGGAGCAGGCUUCCAGCUAAUGCUAAAAAAUUAUUCUGGACUGAUAUUUUGCACUGUUUAGCUCAUUUUAUACUGCUGACUGUGUUCAUGUGCAAUAAAAUAGAUUGCAGUCAACUGC